UAUGAAAAGUAUAGAGAAAAAAAUUCCAAAUGUCACUCUACCAUUGAAAAUAGAUAUAAUUAAACAUUCUAGAGAAGUUGAUGGAAAGAGUACAGCUGUUCAUGCAAAAGUACUGUCCCCAGAUGACGUUACUAUUCAUACUUUUCCAUCUUUUCCUGACUAUGAUGCAUCAGAUUGCGUAUUGGUAUUUCCUUCGGAUGAUGCUAAAUGUCUAGAAGAUAUAUACUUAGAAGGGGGAAAUAAUUGUUCAAGGGAUGACGAUGAGCCUGUUGCAAAGCGUUCCAAAAAAAGGAUACAAAAAGCUGUUUUCAUUGAUAGCACUUGGAACCAAGUAAAAGAAAUCAUACGAGAUGAUAGAUUAAAGAACCUUGCACGUGUACGCAUACCAGAUAAAAAAACACUAUUUUGGCGACCGCAAAAAGGAAAACCAGAUACCUUUUUGGCAACAAUUGAAUCUAUAUAUUAUUUCGUAAAAGAAUUCUCUAAAGUUUACCGUUUUAAUGAUGAAGAUACAAAUUUGGAUGAUAUUUUGUAUUUCUUUAUGUUUUUCUGCGAGCAGAUUAAAGAUAAAUCAUCGUUUAGUAACUUGAAAGCUUAA